AUUCUGGAAAAUUGACAAAACUUGACGAAUUACUCAAAGAGCUUAAAGCUGGUGGCCAUCGAGUGUUAAUUUACUUUCAAAUGACACGCAUGAUUGACUUGAUGGAAGAAUAUCUUGCGUACAGACAAUACAAGUAUUUAAGACUCGAUGGUUCAUCAAAAAUAGCCGAUCGUCGCGAUAUGGCCAUGGACCGUGCACAUAGAUUGGGUCAAACUAAGCAAGUUACUGUGUACAGACUGAUAACCAAAGGUACUAUCGAAGAAAGGAUCCUUCAGCGCGCGAAACAGAAAGACGAAAUUCAAAAAGUUGUAAUAUCCGGUGGUGAAUUCAAGCAAGUCGACUUCAAACCGCGAGAGAUUGUAUCGCUGCUUCUUGAAGAUGAUGAGCUUGAAGCUAAACUUCGUGAUCAACAGUCAAAGCGAAAGGUCGAAGAUGAUGAUCUUAAGAAAAAAGGAAAUGGUGGAAAACGCCGUAAGAAAGAUUCGAAUUCUGGUGCCAGUUCUUCAGUCAUUUCAUCCAGAACCCUUGAAGAUUUAUGGCAUGAAGGAGAACCGCCUAUGGUAGAAACAGAAGAGUAG